GAUUUGCAUUUAAACAACAAAACAGUAGGAGAAACAUGCUGAACUUACGCCACUGUAUAAUCCGUAAUCUCAGCAACAGGAGCCGUCUGAAAUCAACACAAUCCCUGCCAGGUGACAUCUAUGAUGUGAUUAUUAUCGGCGGCGGUCAUGCAGGAACAGAAGCCUCAUCUGCCGCAGCUCGGAUGGGAGCUCGCACUUUGCUGUUGACACAUAAACUGGAGACAAUUGGCGAAAUGUCAUGCAAUCCUUCAUUUGGAGGAAUAGGCAAAGGUCAUCUGAUGCGCGAAGUGGAUGCCUUGGAUGGCGUGUGUGCCCGUUGCUGUGAUGUGUCCGGAGUCCAUUAUAAGGUGCUAAAUCGACGCCGCGGACCGGCUGUGUGGGGCCCUAGAGCUCAAAUCGAUCGGCAGUUGUACAAGAAGGCGGUGCAGAAGGAACUUGGCAAUACCAAAAAUCUGGAAAUAAGCGCAGCAGCUGUGGACAACCUCAUCGUAGAGGAUGACAAACAUUGCAAGGGUGUUCUAUUGGCCAAUGGUGAGGAGGUACGCAGUCACUCGGUGGUUCUUACCACAGGAACAUUUCUGAGAGCCCACAUUAAUAUUGGAUUAGAGGUCCGUCCAGCUGGACGCAUUGGAGAUAAGCCGGCACAGGCCCUGGGAGAAGCCAUUGAUAGAUUAGGAUUUCGUAUGGGUCGAUUGAAGACUGGUACGCCGCCUCGAAUAGCCAAGGAUAGUAUAAAUUUCUCCCAGCUACAGCGACACGAUGGUGAUAAUCCACCCAAUCCUUUCUCCUUCCUCAAUAAAAAGGUUUGGUUGAAUGCCGACGAGCAAAUACCCUGCUAUCUGACCUACACAACGCCCAAGGUUAGCAAUAUAGUUCGUGAUAAUCUUCAUGUCAAUCGGCAUGUUACAGAGGAGAUUACAGGACCCCGAUACUGCCCAUCGAUUGAAUCCAAGAUAUUGCGUUUUGGCGAAAAAGUUCAUCAGGUUUGGCUCGAGCCAGAAGGAUUUGACAAUCCUCUGAUCUAUCCGCAAGGCAUUUCUUGUACUCUGCCCUUUGAGCAGCAAAUAGAACUGGUCCAUGCCAUCAAGGGUUUGGAGAAGGCUGAGGUAGUUCAACCUGGCUAUGGUGUGGAGUACGACUACAUCGAUCCACGCGAACUCUAUCCCACUUUGGAGACGAAACGGGUCUCGGGCUUGUUCUUUGCUGGACAAAUAAAUGGAACCACCGGCUAUGAGGAAGCAGCGGCGCAGGGUAUUGUGGCAGGAGCCAAUGCGGCGGGAAAGACACUUCACCAGAACGAUGGCAAACAGCUGACCAUUAGCAGAACUGAGGGCUACAUUGGAGUCCUUAUAGAUGACCUUACAUCACUGGGCACUAAUGAACCCUAUCGCAUGUUCACAAGUCGAGCGGAAUUCCGUUUAUCGCUUCGACCCGACAACGCGGACAUGAGACUCACCCGAAAGGGCUACGAUUUUGGUCUGGUCUCUGAGCAGCGUUAUCGUCAUUUUCAACAAACGUUCGAUAAAAUCCAAGCUGGCAUUGAAGCCUUAAAGAAUCUGAAGAAACACAGCAAUUUCUGGAGGUCGUCUUUGGGUCUGCCCACUGCGAAGGCUUCGGUGGAGAAAACGGCAUUUGAGAUGCUCGGAAUACCAGCAGAUAAUAUCACAGUGGAACAACUACUGCAACUCUGUCCCGGGGAGUUGAGUUGGCCGGACUGCGAUAAAGCCUCAUCGGAGAGAAUUAAAAUCGAGGCUCUCUACUCGUUCUUUGUGGCCGAGCAGCAACGAGAUGUGGACGAGGUGCGGCGAGAGGAGCGUCUGGCCAUACCCUCGGACAUUGAUUACUUCUCCAAAACACUGAGUCUCUCCAAUGAAGAACGCCAAAAACUAGCUCUAAUUCAACCGCUGACAAUUGCCGCCGCCAGUCGGAUACAGGGUGUCACCCCGUCGACCAUUGUUCGGCUAAUGAAAUAUGUGAAGAGGACAGAAAUCGCUGCCAGCACAUAACUACAUAGAUUCCUAUUUAAUUUUAAAUUAAUUUUAGGUUGUUAAAGAUUUGUAAAUUAAUGCGAAGGCAAAUUGUUUAAUCCUUACGUACAGUUUAUUUGAUAAAAUCAUAAAUGCCUUAUGUAAAGUUGCACAAGAUUGUUUAAAUUGUU